AUGACCGCAGCGCAGGAGGAAGCAAACAAGCGAGCAAUGGCCACCGACAAGGCGCUGCAUGACCUGAACAACUGGGUGCCGCAGGUCACAGCAUCGCUGCAACACAUCGACGAGAAGGUCGACGCAAAGUACAAGGAAUGCAUGGAAGAGGUUUCGAAAUUGCGGAAGCUCAUAGACGGCGAGGGCAGUGUACGCAGUGUGGGCACAGCUUCUGCGGCCUCAACGGCGGCAUCGGCUGGCAGCUCCUCGCGCGACAAAGGCGACCCGCUGCGGUUGCACAUCGGCGGCUUCCCCUACAAGAUGCUCAGGACGGCGCUGGCAGCUCAUGCAGAGCUGAUGAAGGACUCCCUUGGAGCAGACGCACGGAACGUCACCGUCAUUGCUCACAACUUGUCCAUGAGCUACUCGCUCGCGUUCCAGGACCAGACAGUGUGCUCCAACUUUUACACGUUGUGGUCUGGGCAGGAGAUCAAGUGGCUGGAUCGCACAACCAAUAUGUCUCAUGUACUUCGCAUGCGGCGAGAUCAACCUGCGCACAUCCGCGAGAAGAAGAGGCAGCUCUCUCCCCUGUGGGAACCUACUUUGGCGUGUUCGGUGGCUGGCGGGCGCUUCGCUGGCGGCAAGUUGGGCGUCAACCCUCACCUCGGCCUGUUCGAAGUGAAGAACACGACGUCAGGCAAGGAGGUGGUCCCCCAUCGCGCGAACCUGGAUUGGUUUGGCAUCUCUCCCGAGCAGACGAACGGCCUGAUGCAGAACAUACAUUAA